CUCUAAUUUUUUAAUAGGGAAGUGUGAGAAUUAGUCUCAAUGGCCUUGACUCUCCAGUUGGCCGUUCGUACUUCCUUGGGAUUUAUAGCAGGAAACGCCCUGAUGUCUUGUUUUCAAUGGAAAAAUUGUGUUCGAUUAGAUUUUAUCAUUAUUAAAGUGCAGGUUUAUGUUGUGUCGCUGGACAGAUCUGCAAGCCAAGUUCAGCAUGCUGUACCUUUGUAAACUCUGAGAACGGUCUUCGCACGAAAUAUAUAUGGCAUUAGUCGGUGGUAGCAUUUAAUUGCAGACUCUGGUAUUGCUGCCUUAGACGAUAUGUUACAAAGAAAAAUUUACUUGUGAUUACAACUUGAAUUGAUGAUCCUCGAUUGCCAUGAGCUUAUCAAAUAGAACACCAGAGUUCAGAGUCUACCUGCACUUCUAUAGUACCAUACGCCCGACUAACCUAUUAGUUUUCUAUCAUUUUGUACUUUUUCUUCUAAAAAAUUUAGUGGCGGAUCAUUUCAUAAAAAUGCUUGUAAUUAUGCGAUAGGAUCUCAUUGUCCCCCACCUGCCAAAUUCUCGAUCUACCUGUAACAUGUCCAUUCAUGAAAGCUUCCAAAAUUACCAACAUGAAAAAAGCAAAAGGUUGUCCCACGAGUUCAAUAGAUUAUUUGAGUCCCGACGGACAACCCGUAUGUCAUUUGGAGUCCUAUCGACGAGAUGAUCUAGAUUCAUUUGAGAGCCUCGUCGACCCAUCGUGUCUUUCUCGAUCUAUUCAAACGCGUCCUCCACGAUCCCACAAAUCCAGGAAAAGCUAAGAGGUGGUGGUUGUCACCAAUUAAAUCCGGUUUGCGUUUCAAACAAACAAACAAAAUGGAGAAGUGGAGGGAGAUGGUUAGGCCAACGGUUAGUUCCCUGAUACCCUUGGAACGGAAGCAAAUCGUUAGAUUUUUGGUCACCAUCUCGACCCAACUCCCUACCUUCCUUUCCCUUCAAUCCCACCUUACCAGUAUUCAACUUAACAAGACCCACAUGUGUAGCUUAUAUUUCAUCUUGCCGUAGAAGAAUUUGUCAGUUCCGUUCCUCUUCAUCUCUUACCCCAACGAAGGAGUAUUCUAAAUUCCUCAGUGGUCUCAAAUUCAAAAUCUCAAGCCUUCCAAACAAAGCAGUAAACUAUUAUUCAUCGUAGGAUCUCCAAUGCAGUCCUCGGAGGAGAUGGGACCUUUGAGAGAUUCCUAGCCAAUCUUCUGUAAGAACUGGGAAUUUUGGUGGUGGUCCUUCGGCUUCUAGGAAGCACUGUUAUCUGGAUGAACACCCGUUACUACUUCCCACCCACAUAUACACCAUCUCUGGCCAGAGAAGGCCAGAUGCCGAUCAUGGAGGGCCACCAGAAUGCAGCCCGAUCUCUGCCUCUCGCAUUCCUAAUGAGGAUGGUUAUGAGGAUGUCUAGAGCCAGAUGGUUCAGCUUCCUGAGAAGAGUCUUUCAGUAUCAGAACGGGUCGAGGUCCGAUUUAGUCUCGAACCCAUUCAAUUCCAACCCAUGGUUGGCCCUUGAGUUCCUACUUCUGGUAUUCCAGAUAGUUGUCAUCACAGUAACGAUGGCCGUAUCUCAGAAGGAGAAUCCAGUUUGGCCUCUCAGAAUCUGGCUGUCUGGGUACAACCUGGGGAAUCUCCUCAGCUUUCCCCUUCUAUAUUGGCGUUACCGCCACUCUAACGUCAGCCAUGUCUCUGAUUUAGAGCAGCAGAUGAACACCGAGGAAUCGAGAAGUUCUAAUUUGAUGAACAAGUCCAGGACGCUCCUCGAGCUAUUUUUUGCGAUAUGGUUCGUGAUGGGCAAUGUAUGGAUGUUCGACUCCCGGAAUGGGUCCUUCGACAGAGCACCAAAGCUGCAUGUCCUUUGCCUGACGCUACUUGCUUGGAAUGCUAUUGUCUACUCCUUCCCCUUCCUGCUGUUUGUGCUGCUCUGCUGCUGUGUCCCGUUUAUAAGUAACACGCUAGGAUAUAACAUGAACUUGGCUUCUGCGGACCGAGGAGCCUCUGAUGAUCAGAUAUCGAGGCUACCCCACUGGCAAUUCAAAAAAGUCGAGCCUAUGAGUGACACUGCAAGCGAGAACACAGAGUGUUGCAUAUGUCUAGCCAAGUAUAGAGACAGGGAGGAGGUGAGACAACUGCCGUGCUCGCAUCUUUUCCAUCUACGAUGUGUUGAUCAAUGGCUGAGAAUCAUAUCUUCUUGUCCUCUGUGCAAGCAAGAGCUAGAGAAAUAACGCAGAAGAGAGCCGGAUUUCACCUUCUUGUUUGUUGAACCAUAUAUGUUUAUAAGGUUUUUCUUUUUUCUUUGUUUUGUAAAUAUUUUUUUUUUUUUUUUGUUGAUCUAAUUGAGAUAGCAGGUCCACACCAAGACAAAUUAUAGUUUUUUUAGACGUGAAUGAGAGAAUUACUUAUACAACCUAGUUUUCAUGCGCCAUGCUGACUCACAAGAAUUAGUGCAUACAUCAUACAUGACAUUAUGGGUUACAAAAAAAAAUAAAAAUAAAAAAUUGUGAAGUAUUCAUGAUAUAAGAUCUCUUGGAUGCAUUUAAUUGAAAGUGAUUGAUUAAUCAUUUUUCAUUUUAUUAAUUAUUUCUCCUGUAUAAGUCCUAGUAUUGCAAGGAAAGGUGCCUAUCUAUGGCUGUACGGCUUUUAAAAGAAUUAAGCGUUGCAAUAGGGGUAUUGUGGUCUUUCUUCCACUCCUAGAGCUACAGCAUUGCUCCCAACCAAAGGUAGCACGGGAAUAUCUUGUAUUGUGCUUGUAUCGACAAUAGAAAGAUCUGAAAAAUUAUGGAGCUGUUUAAAGCCUUGUAGUUGAAGUUGGACUGUAGCUUGAGUGGAACUG